CGCGGCUAUAGCAGGAGAAAACAUGUCAGCAGGGAGAGCUUUUAGAUUACUGAGGAGCCCUGGACGCAGGUGGACGCUGUCUCGCGGACUCGCCGGCUACCCAAGCGAGCCGCUGACGCACCCGAUCGACGUGGACACUCCGCCACGUGACGCCGGGUCCGCGGACAGACUGGCACAGUCUCUCUCUACCGGUGGGAAGGAAACUCGGAUCACGCGACUGGAAAAUGGACUGAGAGUCGCCUCUCAGGAAGCCUUCGGACAGUACUGCACUAUUGGAGUGUUCGUGGAUGCUGGGUCUCGAUAUGAGGUGGAACACACCAGCGGCGUAUCCCACUUCCUGCAGAAACUUGCGUUUCAGAGCACUGAGAAGUUCCCUAGUCGCGAGGCACUACUCCACGAGCUGGACCAGUACGGAGGAGUGUUUGACUGUCAGCGAAGUAGAGAUGUGUUCAUGUACACUCUCUCCGCCUUCUCCUUCGCCCUCCCGCAGGCAAUGGAGGUCCUCUCUGACUGCGUUUGGAGACCCAGGAUCACUCAGGAAGAGCUAGAGAUGGAGAGGCAGUCAAUAAAUUUUGAACUGGAGACGGUGAAAAACGGACCCAGCAGUGACGUCUGGACCACUGACCUCAUACACCAGGCUGCCUACAGGGACAACACCCUCGGUCUGCCCUCCCUCUGCCCCGAGGAAAACAUUCCCGUCAUCCAGAGAGACGAGCUGAUGGGGUACCUCGCCGGCCACUACCUCCCGACGAGAAUGGUCCUUGCCGGAGUCAACGUGGACCACGAUCGCUUCGUGGGACUGGCACGGGAGUGGUUCGGUCGGACCGAACCGGUCUGGGGAGGCGGGGGGCCGAGAGGACCGUGGACCACUCUAUAUCACAGUAUACCGGAGGAUCAGUGAAGAUGGAGAGAGAAGGACCUCCCGUCGUGGGUCCCACCCUCUUCCCGACCUCACUCACGUGGUCCUCGCCUGCGAGAGCUCCUCCUAUCUCGACCCCGACUGUCUUGGAGCUUUAUCUACAUCUUUGCCGUCCUCGAACGUUCCCUCUGGAGGUGUAGUUCGUUGCUCUCUUCGCCGGCGGGCCAGGGAAGGGGAUGUAUACGAGGCUCUAUCAGGACGUCUUGACCCGACACCACUGGAUCUACUCCGCCCUCGCCCAGAACCACGCCUACUCUGACUCUGGAUAUUCUGUCUGUUUGGCAGCGCUGCGCCAGCCAUGGCCAGAGAGCUAACUGAGGUCUUGUGUAUGGAGUUCAUUGGAAUGACCACAGAACCAGAGGAGGUGUGAGAACUUAUGAGGGAAAGAGGAAAAAAUUUUGAGAAAUAGAGAGCCAGCCAGCCACCAGUUAAAGAUUUUGGGCACACAAUCAGUGAAACUUAUCCACAAUCUUUGCCAGUUUACGCUAGAGAGGAGAGAUGUGUGUUUGUGUGUGCAGGGAGCAGUGGAGAGGGCCAAGAUGCAGCUCAAGUCGGCCAUGAUGAUGAACCUUGAAUCUCGCUUCAUCCUCUGUGAAGACAUUGGCAGACAGGUUCUUGGGCAGAAUGUCAAGUACUCUGUUGAGGAACUCAUGGAAAAGAUUGAUGCAGUGACCCCUGCUGACCUCCGGAGAGUGGGAGAGAAAAUGACAGAGUGUCCGAUAUCCCUGGCGGCCAUGGGGAGCCUCGCCCACGUCCCAGGCAAGAGGGAGGUGGAGGAGGCCUUACGAACACACGAGGGAAGACUUGCUACAAAGAAAAGACUCUUCUCUUUCAGAUAGCCCAGCCCAACUCUUCUAUAUCAUUUAUUCACAGUGUGUAUAAUAAUUAUAAAUUAUACAGCUUUUCAUGGUGUAUUAAAAUGACUAUAAUUGGCAACAGGCUUGCAAGAAUGUUGGAUAGUAAGAGUAUA